UUCAUCCAGUCGAAACAGGGUGAACAGCACUUUCACAUUCGCUUUGCAGCCCUCUAUCGGCCAAAGCCGCACUAAAGAAAUUUCCAACCGUUGGGUCGCGGUCCUGUAGUUCAAGUGAAAACUACAAAAUUUUGCUUUACGGCAGACCUACAAUCCAAUCAUAGCCAGCUUUGCUGCAGUAGGCUAAAUUAUUUUACGACUUAAUUACCGCUUCCAACCUGUAGGGGGAGCAAAGAGCAAAAACUCUUUAGUGUUGCUUUAAUUGACGAGAUAACUCGUCAAUGCCAAGGGAAGAGUUAAGGUCCAAAUAUAGGGUAUAAUACUGUACCUCAAAAGGUACAACAUUUCUAUGUGUUGUAUACUCACAAAAAUAACCCUUGAAGGGUUCCGCCCCAGCGACAGAAAAGGAACAGUUUUGUAAAACAAAAAAAAGCCAUUUUAAAUGCAAUACGUUUGGGUCAAAGAUAAUAUCUCACUCUUGGUUAGGUGGGAUAAAAUGACACGAGAAGUUAUGUAGCUGUAUUUCAGAUCACUUCCCCAAUGGAUCUUGUAGGUUUAAAUGUCUUUCUGUGAAAAUGUGAAUGAAGAAUAUCAUUCGUCACCCGUUACAUCAGCUUUAAGUCCGACUGAGCUCGACCCGUUUCACGUGAGCCGAGAGAAAGCCUGAGCUGAGAAAUGUCAGAGGAUUACAGGGUCAGAUUCAGAAUAGAAAUUAAAAAGGGAGAGAUGGAUGCGGUCUCAUGAGCGAUAACAAAGCAACAUCAGGGCUUGGUCUAGCAUAAGACUUCUUUACGUCAUGAUCAUGCAAUCUGUGAAAGUCCCGGCUGAUUUCGGUUUAAUUCAGAAAGUGAAGGGAGUAAAGGGGCAGUUUAGCGCAGCGCGGCUCAGCGGAGCUCCAUCGCUACGUUUCUUUGUGGGUUUGUGAUCGAUAGACCGUCCGCCAAACUGGCUGACCAGGAUAACUGGGAAUGCUGGGAUCAGUUGAUCCAACUUCAGCUGAGCAGCUCAGGAGACUUCCUGCCCUGUGAUUCCCAUCGGGUGGAGAUGCCAAUGAAAGACAUCGAGGUAAUUAUGGGACAAAUGGUCGUACUGGAGGCCUGGUACACCCCUACCACUGCCAUCGAGAAGAACACAGUCAUCUGGAGCUUUAACACAAAACAAAUCAUUUCAUACUCCUCAGGACAGAUCGGCAUCGGCAGCACUGAAUUUCAGAGACGGGUGGGCUUUGCCACGUCCAUGCCCUCUGCCAACCUGUCUAUCUACAUCAACAACACACAGGAGUCCGAUUCAGGAAGCUACCUUUGCAACGUCAUCAUUCCUGGAGCUCCAGGACUUUGGGGAGACCUCCGCCUCAAUGUUAAAGUACCUCCAUCCACACCUGUGUGCUCCAUGUCUGGGAAUCCUGUAGUGAGUGGCAAUGUGACACUGAGCUGUAAAUCCAGCUAUGGCAAGCCGGUUCCUCAGUACAAGUGGACCAAAGCAGCUCCUGUCUCUGAGGUCUUCUUCUCUCCCAUGCAAAAUGAGAGGCAAGGCACCCUUCGACUUAGCAACCUCACCAAGAACAUGUCCGGCAAGUAUGUCUGCCGUGCAAGCAACACAGCCGGGACAGACAGCUGUCAUAUUAAUUUAGAGGUCUCUGCGCCUAACAAUGCAUGGGUCAUCACUGGUGCCACGGUGGGAUCUGUGGUGGGCCUGAUGGCUCUUGUCUUAUUCCUAAUUUUUAUCCUAAGGAGAAACAGUGACACAGAGGAAGAGAUGUCCAAUGAUAUCAAGGAAGACGCACAGGCCCCUAAACGUGUUUCCUGGGCAAAAAGCGGCACAGGAUCAGACAUCAUAUCAAAGAACGGCACGUUAUCUUCCAUAGCAAUGAGUCCUCCACCACAGGACCCUCGCUAUCAACCCAACAACCAUUACUCGUACCCUCCAGGUGCCUCCGAAACUGCCUCCAUCCUCACAGCUUCCGGCAGCACCACCACCUACCAUCUCCUCCCGGGAGAGCCCAACCCACUUCACGGUCUGCCUGGAUACAACGUGAGCAACACGCCCAAUCACACACAGAACAACCCUCAUCACAGCUCCACGGUCCUCAGUCCCAACAGCUUAUCCACAAACAGGACUCAGGGGCCGCAGCCACAGGCCCCACGCCCACCACACAUGCCCAUAAACUCUGCCACUCUGUCCCGCAUGGGCGCUGUGCCAGUCAUGGUACCCACCCAGAAUCAUGUGGGUUCACUGGUGUAGCAUAUACAGUGCCGCAAAGGUCAACUUGUGUGCUAAGAAAAAAUCUGAAAGGAUGGUUUUCAUCAAUUGAUGUGACAGACAUUGGCUUUUUUAUAUUACAGUACAGUGAGUACUGUAUGAUGCAUUUAGCGAUCAAGCUUUGUUUUGGUAUUGUAUGUAUUUUUUUUACUUACUGAGAAUAUUUGUGUUUGAUGCCUAACAACUCUGAUGUUUUUACCAUCUUCAUUUCAAUUCCUUACACUUAAUGAGAACCUAAUUUGACACAUAUAACAAAUUUGUCUCACAUGGUGUUGAAUACUGUCUGAUGCAAUGAUGGUAUACAGACAAAACUAAUAAUGUUCCACUGUUUGAAUUGUUACAUUUAUUUUUAGAUAUAUUGAGAUAUUUAGUUGUUGGGUUAUCAGUUGGCUAGUACAUGGAUUCUGUGCCUAUUGUGCCUACUGUAUGUUUCUCUCGGGAGUUUUCUUUCAAGACAAGGAGAGAAUAUUAUGCUUUAAAAAAUAUAACAACCCAUGAAUAUGUUAUAGAUUAUGAAACAAAUUCCAGAUAGUUUACUGUAAAUGAAAAGUAAUUUGUAAAAGAAUUGAUGAUGUUCGUUACAUGAAAGUGUACAUUUAUUCAUGUUCAUGAUAAUUUUAAUGACUUGAAUAUUGCAGAUAGUGUUUUAUUUUUUUGGUUUAUUAUUUGUGUUAAAUUGUAAUGUUGUAUUCGGUGCGGUGAAAAACCAGUUAAUGAUAUCAUCUGCUCUGUUACUACUAGACUGUGUCCUCUUACUUUCUUUUGUUAGAAUUUGGCAUCAUAUAGCAUGUAAAGUGUUGCUUUACUGUCCACUUGUUGGAAGUGCAGGAGUAGAAAAAAGGCACAAAGAGGGAAUUGCCUCUGGGUUUUAGAAGUGUUACAAUGGUUUGUUAAAGAUGUGAAGUUGCUUAUGUGGCAUUUGAUUCCAUUUAUAUUUUAUUAACACAAACCAUAUUAACAUUUAAUUUCCAAAACUAUUUGACUAAUUUCUAAAACUAUUGAAGCCAAUAAUUUUCUUGGCAUCUACAUCUAUUUAUUCUGUCUUUGGGAACAAAAGGUCAGAGGUUCAGAUCCUAA